GAUGGAUGGGGGGUGUGUGCACAUGUGAGGGGAGGGGAGGGGCAAAUCUGAUGUGGUACUUCCCCAAAAAAAUCCACAGUUGUGAAAACAUUAUGACACAGGAGAGCAGAUAUCCCAAUAGCCUCAAACUGACUCAGAGCAGUGAGGAAUGUGUGUAUAUAUAUGAGGACUACGUUACCAAUGAGGUAGAAGGACUUUGCUGUGAGCUGACAAGACACCCGGUUGGUAGAGUCUCUCCCUUUCUCUGUGUCUCUCUCUCUCUCUCUCUCGCUCCCUCCAUCCUUCCCAGUCCAGCGAUGAACUCGACGGAGGCGCCCUUCAACCUGACCUGCCACCCCUCGUUGGCUGGCUACCGCUAUUUCGGGGCAGCGAUGGGCGUCCUUCUCACCGUGGUGGGCACCCUGGGCAAUGUGAUGACCAUACUGGCCUUUGCCACCGACAAGAAAAUCCGUUCCAAGUUCAACCUCCUGAUCCUCAACCUGACCUUGUCCGACCUGCUGUACUGCACCUUCCUGCAGCCCGUCACUGUGGACUCCUACCUCCAUCUGGCCUGGACCCAAGGCAUCACCAUGUGUCGCGUCUUUGGCCUCUUGCUGUUUGUCUCCAACUCCGUCUCCAUCUUCAACCUGAUCCUCAUCGCCGCGAGCAGGUACCUGCUGAUCGCCAAGCCCCGAAGCUUCGACCGUGUCUUCUCCAGGUACACCCUGCCGGCUUUCCUGGCCGGCCCCUGGCUCCUGGGCUUCGCUCUCUUCGGGCCCCUCUGGUACGCCUAUCAACUGGUGGAGAACGUUUGCACGUGCAGCUUCAACCGGACCAAAGGGAGGCCCUACACCACCAUCCUCAUGUUCGUGCUGUUCGGACUGGGGCUCAGCUCCAUCGGGGUCUUCUACUUCCUCAUCCAUAGGAAGGUCAAAGCGGCCGCCGAGGCUCUGGCGGUCCACAGGCUCCGGGUCGACUCCAAGCGCAAGCCGGGUCUGUCCGAGCAGUUCCCCACCAACAGCACCGCGGUGUCCGUGGUCUCCCACAGCAUCGGUGGGUCGGAGAUCACCACCGAGGAGGUCACCAAGGAGGUGAAGAUGGCGGUCGCCAAGGAGGUCAAAACGGACGAGGAGAGAGGCCCCGGUCAGGAAGCUUCGGGGUCAAAGGACGCCACCAAGGUCACCGCGAGCCACCACAACAAGAAGCACAGCAGCAACGCGGAGUUCAAGAAGGUGACCCGGAUGUGUUUCGCCAUGUUCCUGGUGUUCCUGGCGUGUUAUUUACCCUUCUGCGUCUUGAACAUCGCGGACGGGAAGGAGCGGGCGCCCCCUCUGGUCCACAUGAUCGCCGCCAACUUCACGUGGUUCAACAGCUGCCUCAACCCCGUCCUGUACGCCGUGAUGAACAGGCAGUUCCGGGACGCCUACAGGGGCGUUCUCGCCAAGGCCGCCAUCGGCCUCCGCAGGUUGUCGGGUCUGACGAGGAGGUGAGGGAGUCGCCCGAAAACGUGGCCCGAGAAGAAAACAGGAACCGUUAAGAGUCAAACUGUUG